CUUCCUCCGAACUAUUCUCGCGCGGGGGCGGACCUUGUUAGGGGUGUCUUUUGUUUGGGGUCGUCAUGGCGGGAAGCCGGCUGGAGACCAUCGGCACCAUCUUCACCCGGACCCGAGACAUGAUACGGGCUGGGGUGUUGAAGGAGAAGCCCCUGUGGUAUGAUGUGUAUGAGGCCUUUCCACCAUUGAGGGAGCCUGUGUUCCGGAGGCCCCGUCAGCGCUAUGGCAAAGCUAAGGAUCUUAUACCAGAGGUCCUGUACCAGGAAGAUCAAAUCAGAGCGAAAUAUUAUAAAGUUUAUGGAUCUGGACCCAAAACUUUUGACCUUUUCAACCCAAACUUUAAAUCUUCCUGUCAAAGAUUUGUGGAAAAGUAUAUUGAACUACAGAAAAAGGGAGAAACAGAUGAAGAUAAGCUCUUUGUGGAAACAGGAAAAGCUUUAUUGGCAGAGGGCGUUAUUUUACGACGAAAGGGAGAAGGAGCAACUCAUUUAGAGAAGUCAGAAACCUGAAACAAGAACCUUAUAUCAGAACUGUAUUGGAGGAAAACUGGCGUAGCCCCAUAUGAUCAGCCUUUGGAGUUCACUGAAGAGAAAUUGAAAAAUUUGUUUCUUUACAAUUGAAUUAUACUUUUAAUUGCCAUAAAUACCUGAUCUCUUAACAACCAUAUACAAAGCCAGGGUUGAAUUUUUUUCAUGCUUGAACUGGGUAAAUAUUUCUUAAGUUAUGAACUUUUAUGUGUGAAUUUUGUACAUUCAGCUGUCUUUUGGGGGUUUCCAUUAAAGCCUGUAAUCCAAGAAGCA